CGGCGCGCCGGCGGCAGGAUCAUGGUUGAGCGCGCCAGCAAGUUCGUGCUGGUGGUGGCGGGCUCGGCGUGCUUCAUGCUCAUCCUGUACCAGUACGCGGGCCCGGGACUCAGCCUAGGCGCGCCCGGCGGCCGCGCGCCGCCGGACGAUCUGGACCUCUUCCCCACGCCUGACCCACACUACGAGAAGAAAUAUUACUUCCCGGUGCGCGAGCUGGAGCGCUCCCUGCGUUUCGACAUGAAGGGCGACGACGUGAUUGUCUUCCUGCACAUACAGAAGACCGGCGGCACUACUUUCGGCCGCCACCUCGUGCAGAACGUGCGCCUCGAGGUGCCCUGCGAUUGCCGGCCCGGCCAGAAGAAGUGCACCUGUUAUCGGCCCAACCGCCGCGAGACUUGGCUAUUCUCCCGUUUCUCUACGGGUUGGAGCUGUGGGCUUCAUGCCGACUGGACGGAGCUUACCAACUGCGUGCCCGGCGUGCUGGACCGGCGCGACCCCGCCGCGCUGCGCACUCCCAGGAAGUUCUACUACAUCACCCUGCUGCGAGACCCUGUGUCGCGCUACCUGAGUGAGUGGCGGCACGUGCAGCGGGGGGCCACAUGGAAAACAUCUCUGCACAUGUGUGAUGGGCGCACGCCCACACCUGAGGAGCUGCCGCCGUGCUAUGAGGGCACAGACUGGUCAGGCUGCACACUGCAGGAGUUCAUGGACUGCCCCUACAACCUAGCCAACAACCGCCAGGUGCGCAUGCUGGCUGACCUGAGCCUGGUGGGCUGCUACAACCUGUCCUUCAUUCCCGAGGGCAAGCGGGCCCAGCUGCUGCUGGAGAGCGCCAAGAAGAAUCUGCGGGGCAUGGCCUUCUUCGGGCUGACAGAGUUCCAGCGCAAGACGCAGUACCUGUUUGAGCGGACGUUCAACCUCAAGUUCAUCCGACCCUUCAUGCAGUACAACAGCACAAGAGCAGGUGGUGUGGAGGUAGAUGAGGACACUAUUCGGCAUAUCGAGGAGCUCAACGACCUGGACAUGCAGCUCUAUGACUACGCCAAGGACCUCUUCCAGCAGCGCUACCAGUACAAGCGGCAGCUGGAGCGCAGGGAGCAGCGCCUCAAGAGCCGUGAGGAGCGCCUGCUGCACCGCACCAAAGAGGUGCUGCCUCGGGAGGACACUGAGGAGCCGGGCCGGGUGCCCACUGAGGACUACAUGAGCCACAUCAUCGAGAAGUGGUAGUGGCAGCCCUAUGGGGAAGGCCCCUCAGAGGCAGUCAGGAAAGGGCAGGUGAAGGCAUACAGACCAGCACACAUAGGCCCACCUAGAACUCAUGGGAAGAGUCCUAGAUCCGCUCAGCAGAGGGUAGAGGCAUCCUGAACAAAGACCAGGGAGUAGGAAGUGGUGGCCCGCUGGGGUAGGUUCUCACUAUUUCUCCCAGGCUGGAGGUCUGAGAAGCCAACUUGUACUGCCCCCUGGCUCAGAUGAAAGCGUACUUGAAAGACGCCCCAGUCAAGCCUGCACAGACCAGGGGCAGGUGGUGUUCCUCUUCUGUACGCCCCCAUCUCACUGUCACAACAGCCCAGAGUUCAAAGACAAGAAAAAGACAGUAGAGCUGAGUGGGGAGUGGCUCUGCCAGACCAGGAAUGUAUCCCUCUCCCACUAUGCACAUAUCCACUUACCCCCAGGCCCCCCCCCCAACCCCGCACAGGCCAAUGGGGUUCCCCAGGCUCAGGCCAUCUCAGCGGCCUCUCAGCAACCCCUGGCCCCCUUGCCCCAGGCCUUUAUGAAGCCCCCUCCUUGGGGGCAUGGGCAGCCAUUUGACGUAUUGUCAGGAAUGGAGCCCCAUGCUUACCCGUCUUCAGUGUUGGGAGCCAUUCAUCGUGUGAAGCCAGGAAGACUCUAGUCCAGCCAUUGGGAAGGCCCCUUCCCUCUCUGGCUUCCUGCUUUGCUUCAGGAGAUCAGAGCCCCUUCCGUCCCAUUUUCCACAGUCCUCAGACUGAGGAGCCUGUGGAGAGAUGGUAACCCCUGGGACUUGUUAGUAGAAUGCCCCUGCCCCAAGCCCAUCGCUUGGACAUUUAUUCAGGGUUCAUACUCCACUGCUCCCACCACCCCAUGAAUAAAAGUCCAAUUAAGUCUCUUGGUGGGAAGACGGCAGACCAUAGCUGCUGCCAAUGAGCCAUACCUCUGGGCUGUGGCGCUUCUGGAUGGCCAGGGAAGGGGACACAGGCUUUCAGGUUCUCAGCUCAGAUUGGAUUGGAAGAAAUGGCUCUGGGCAGCUUCCUGGCACCUAGAUUCACAGCCUUCCCCUUCCCAGGGCUCUCUCUGAAUUUCCCUGCCUCAACCCCCACACCCCACAAGCAGGUAAAGCCCUGUUUCCAGCAGCCCUGGAGGUUGGAGAAGCCAUAUUCCAUAUCUGUUGUAGACACUUUCCCCAUACAGUCUCCUGUACUAAAGGAGGCCAGGCUAGUAUCUCAUCUGGGCAUGCCCUCCCCAAAUGAGGCCCAAGACUUGGGUUCUGGGGAGCUGAAUGUGAGCCCUACAUUGAGGUGGAUGGGUACCCCAUCUCUCCAGAACAGGAAGCACAUGUGCCUGGAGGCCACAGGCCUGCUUCAAGGAGAGCAGUGAGGGCCAUGGGCCACCUGGUGAGGGGGCUGGCAAAGACAGCAGCCUCACAGGCAGAUCCAGCCAGUGGGGUUCCCUGCCCCAGGUCCCUCUGCCACCCCAGCUGUCCCACCAGGUGGUGAGGAGCUAGGGGAGCAAGGAACCUUCCAUAGCUCAGGAAAAGCUAAGUUGUGUCCAGUGAGGUAACUGUGGGAGGAAGCAGCUUUAGUCUGUGCUAGUCUGGCAUAAAGGCCCCACCCUACAGCUUCCUACACUGGCCACUUCAUCUCAUAGUCCAAGGGCAGAGAAGUCAGCAGGCCAGAGUGGGCACAUCAUGCUGGAGAGGCAAGAACCCAGGUGAUUUAAUGGCUCUGUUAAAGGGAAGUGAAGAACAGCGUGGGGGCAGGGGGCAUCUACUCAGAUGCUCAGCAUCUGGGGCAGGCGUGCCCUAGGGUGUUCACAAGAGCUCUGGGGGCUUGUGGGCUCCCAUCAGAAGGUUGGUCACCUCAAGGGCAUAAGUGGAGAGCUCAGGUCCUUUCUUCCUGAGGCCUGGCUCAAGACAUAUCCUUGCGGCCUGGUUCCUGCAUAUGCAGGCCUAUGCAUUGGAUCUGUUCUGUACAUAUUGGGAUGUUUUGACUUACGGCCCUUUAUCCCAGUUCACACAGAAACACGGGUCUCCCAGUUUCUUUGCUGCAUCUAGAAAGCAGUAGUCCUCAGGCCAGCACCCAGGCUGAGGUGCCCCACUGGUCCUACCGGUCUCCAGUCUGACAGCUCCACUUAGACCACCUGCUUUGGGGUCAAGGUUCCUUGUGCCUACAGCAUCUCCUCUGAUGAACUCCAGAGACGGGACAGGGCAGCCCUACCCAGGGGCUCUUCCCAGGGCUGAGAGGACAAGCAAACACACAGUGAGAGAACCACUCACUCCCCACACAGGCCUGCAGUGUCCUCUCCUGGAGGAGGAAGCAGGGAUGACAGAAUUGCCUAAGCAGUGAGUCUGUGAACUUUCUGGGAACUGGAAGUGUUUAACUUGAACCCAGGAGCAUUUAAAGCUUUAUUUAUUUAUAGCUUCUUCUAAAAAAAAAAAAAAUGUUGAGAAGAAAUUUUUUUGGUUAUUCAAACAAAAAAUGAGUUGAUGGAAAAGCAAGUCAUAAUCAUCUAAUCGUUUUUUGUCUAGGGCAAGAGUGAAUGUUAGCAGAUGAAAUAAACCCUGAAAAAGAA